UCGUCCCGAGCGGCUCUCCCCCAGGCCCGGCGCCCCCAUUCGGGUUCCAGGGCUCACACCGGCCCAAUCCAGGCCCCCCUCCGUUUUCUUCUUUCUUUUUCCGGCCAAAAUAGGUUUUUCUUCCCAGUGGUGUCCAGUGGCCUCGGAGCUCCAGAAACGUUCGGGUGAGCUUCUCCCAACAUGUAGAAAUGGGGCUCUGGAAACGGAGUCCUCGAGAGCUGCCCUCAGGGCUCCAGGGUGCCGGCUUGUGCGUUCCUUUUUAACUUUCUGAAGUGUCUCCUCAAAGUCACUGCCACCCGAGGUGCCAUGGCACCCAAGCCAUGGGGUGAGUGGAGCAUGGCCCUGUCCCACCUGGCGCUGGGAGUGGUGUCUCUGCAUGCAGCCCUGAGCACUGCCCAGGCAAGUCGAGGGGCUGCUGCUGGCUUCCUGCUCCAGGCCUUGGCUGCUGCCACCAUGCUGGCUCCAGGGCUAGGCACAGAUGAAGAUUGUCUUGCUGGAGCCUGGGUGGCCACUGUCAUUGGCCUGCCCCUUCUGGCCUUCGAUUUCCACUGGUGUACUAACGGUCACUUGAUGUGCGCUGGCUGUUUUAUCCACCUACUAGCAGAUGCCCGGCUGAAGGAGGAGCAGGCCACAUGCCCCAACUGUCGUUGUGAGAUCAGUAAGAGCCUCUGCUGCCGCAACCUGGCUGUGGAGAAAGCCGUGAGCGAGCUGCCCUCCGAGUGUGGCUUCUGCCUGCGCCAGUUUCCCCGCUCUCUCCUGGAGAGGCACCAGAAGGAGGAGUGCCAAGACAGGGUGACCCAGUGCAAGUACAAGCGAAUUGGCUGCCCGUGGCACGGCCCCUUCCAUGAGCUGACUGUGCAUGAGGCCGCCUGUGCCCACCCCACCAAGACGGGCAAUGAGCUGAUGGAGAUCCUGGACGAGAUGGACCAGAGCCACCGCAAGGAGAUGCAGCUCUACAACAGCAUCUUUAGCCUGCUGAGCUUCGAGAAGAUCGGCUACACAGAGGUCCAGUUCCGGCCGUACCGCACGGACGACUUCAUCACGCGCCUGUACUACGAGACACCGCGGUUCACAGUGCUGAACCAGACGUGGGUCCUGAAGGCGCGAGUGAACGACUCAGAGCGCAACCCCAACCUGUCAUGCAAGCGCACGCUGUCCUUCCAGCUGCUCCUCAAGAGCAAGGUCACGGCACCCCUGGAGUGCUCCUUCCUGCUGCUCAAGGGCCCCUAUGACGACGUGAAGAUCAGCCCUGUCAUCUACCACUUCGUCUUCACCAAUGAAAGCAACGAGACGGACUACGUGCCACUGCCCAUCGUGGACUCCGUGGAGUGCAACAAGCUGCUGGCCGCCAAAAACAUCAACCUGCGGCUCUUCCUCUUCCAGAUCCAGAAGUAGGCGCCGCUGCGCUGCCCACACCUGCCUGGCCACGGCUUUGCAGUGCUGUCUGACCAUUUCAGCAGAGGAGGAACAGACGGGAACACAGGAAAGUCUGCAUGCGUGUGCGAAGGUGUGAGCGCUCACCACCUGGCCCUCCACCUGCCUCCCUGUCCAGGGCACGGAGGCUGGUUCAGGGUCACCGCAAGGCGAGCUCAGCAGACUUGCCGGCCUCUGCCACUCGGCGAAGCGCCUCACCUGCCCUGGGCCGCACACAGCUCCUGGGCCGGGCUCGGGCGCUGGCUUCAGACAGCAUAUCUGAUUGCAAUUAAAAAGGCACCUUGUUUCCUACUUUCUGUUUUGUUCAAGGGUAAGGCGUGGCUGUGAUUGGACAGCGGGGAAACUUUGGUGGGCCUGGGGGUCAGAGCCACUCAUCCCUCAGCGUGCCCCUAGGAGACAUGGAGAUGCUGCUUCCUCCACCAUGGGCCCCAGCAGGGGAGUGGACAGGGGCAGGGGUCUCAUAACAGCCUCAGCGCACCCCCCAGCCACUCCAGGGAGGCAGGACUUGGCCACCUGGACUCAGCGGAUGUUUCGGAAUGCAGGGUGAAAUUCUGUCUCUUCCCAGGAAAUAAAUGAAAUUCUUUAUAGGCUCCUCUGUAAGUUAUGCAAAUUUAGCAAGAGAGAAUCUAUUUUCUGUAUUCAGCUUUGAGGGUGAAACACCCCAAGGCUAUGAGGAAAGCUCUGGGAGCCACUGGUGAUGGCAGAGCCUGGCUGGUUGAGGGUCAGGUAAGCCAGCUGCCCCAUGCUCUCGGAACCCGUUGCUAGUCCUGUGUCUGGGACCCACUGUGAAGGUCAGCGGUCCCUUCCUAGCCUCGACUUUGCUGCCCCUCCCCCCCCCCACCUCCCGCACAAGCACACACACACAUACACACACACACACACCCUCCCAGGCCUCACGACCCUGCAGCCCGGCCCCAGUGAGCAUGCCGGGUGUGUGGGCCUCGGGGUACGAGCAGCCCUGUCUGGAGGAUGCUGGGACCCUCAUAGCUACUGGAGAGGGCCUCCCCCACUUUGCUAAGGAGACACGGCUUUUCAUUGUUUCGAUACCAAAGAACCGUUUCCUUUGCCCCCGGUCAGGCCCACCCUGUGCCUCAGAGCAGUCCCAUUGCUCUGACCCCACAGGGCUCCGUGGGCAGUGCAGCCACAGCUUGGCCUCUCAGGCUCCUCCCUCUCCUGGCCCGCCACUCGGUUCCCCUGCCAGGCUGGCUCCCCGAGUUACUCUGAGGAAACUAUUUGGCUUCCUGCUCCAAGCCCAGGGCAUGGGGUUUGGGGGCGGGGGGGGGACGCUCUCCUGCAGAUGGCCUGGUCGGUCACUGAGGGUACCAGGAGGCACUCUACAAAGGACCCCACUGCAGCCCCUCCACCCCCUUCGAUCUCAAUUUGAACACACCCUGGGGUCGGUCCCACUGUCCUCAGGCUGCCCCCCACCUGGUGGACGAAAAGGAGACUUUCAGGUAGAUGCAUGUCACAUGUCCUGUGUGUAGGAGAUUGUGCUGUGUCACCGCAUCUCGGCCUCUCUUAGGGACCGACAUCCUCUCUAGUUUCUGGAUUUCCAGGUGAUGGUGUUGUGAGGGCAUCCAGGCUGGGAUGGGGCUUCCCAGUUAGUUGUACCUGGGUGGUUUGUGUGAGAUUGAGUCAACAGAGGGAAGCCCCAGUGGCUCUCCUGGGGGCGGGGGGCAGGGUGGGAGAGGGCAGGUUUCUGUGUGCAAGUGAAGGAAGGUAUAUGGCUGCUUGAGACCAACAGCCUUCUGUGUGUGGCAGAAGGGUCCGCUACACACGAGGGCUUACAGCCCACAUUGCCUGCAGCCAAGGGUGGGUGAGGAAGUGGGACUGCGCCCAGAGAGCCCUCCUUGUAGGAGGUACAGGUAUGUCUGGGUUGCCCAAGAGGACUGCUAACACAUCCCAGUCCUGUGAUGUCACCUUGCAGCCCAGGGCAGCCAGGAACCCUGGUGAGUUUCAGCUUCCAUGGGGUUGCCACAAACCUGUGGCAUCAUCUCUCUGGGCCAUUGAUUUACAGAGACACCAGUGGCCUGUCUCCAGGACCCCCUGCCAUCUUGGCAUCCUGACCUGAGCAGGUGGAAGUGCCACCUCUGCGGCUGUGGGGGCAGCCGGGCAGCGCAGACCCAGCUGCCUGCUCCUUCUCAACCCCACUCCCUGCGAACACUCCAUUCUCAGUUCACCUAAAGUGAGACAUUGCAAAGGUAAUAAAACUAAUUUUUUAA